CAACAGUACCGUACGAGCCCAUGCAUGGCAAAAAACUUUGUUUACAGUGUCAACUUUCGAUACGUAAAAAAAUUGUGAUUCGAAUUUAGAAAAAUGGCGGGGCCGUAUCUGUCACCCUUGCCGGGAGAUUUGCUGACCGAGUACAUGUUUGGACGAAGACGACAGAGACGGAACCGAACUACGUUCACGCCGCAGCAGCUUAGUGAGUUAGAGUCACUGUUCCAGAAGACGCAUUACCCUGACGUGUUCCUGAGAGAGGAGGUGGCGCUACGGAUCAGCUUAUCAGAAGCUAGAGUGCAGGUGUGGUUCCAGAACAGGCGCGCGAAGUGGCGCAAGCAGGCGCGCCUGCAGCUACUGCAGGACGCGUGGCGGAUGCGCUGUCUCGGGCUGGGCACGCCACCUCUGUUACAGGGUCACACAAAACCUCCCGAAUCAUCACCCGAAGGCGCCGAAUCGCCGCCACCGAAACCAUCACCUGAACCUCAACCCACCGAAACCCAUGAGAAGUCACCUCACCCGGAACAGUAUCACAACGGGAACGUUCCAGAAAACCUCCCACCGAUGCCCACACACGAUAUUCCACCAAUGCACUACAACGAAGAGGGACGGAUGAUGCAACCCUUCCCUUUCCCACCUUUACUGAUGCCGCAGAUGGAUAACUCGGAGGUCGCGCCAACAGAUUUGCGGGUGAUGCCGCCAAAAACCAGCAAUUGUCAUUGCGUCACCCCAAACCAAGAGGAGGGACCACAGGAUCUGGCGUACCCGAGACGGAAAGAGAGCGACAGCGAGAGCGAUUCAGAGAUAGACUUAACCUCGCACUCCAAAGACGAUGACUUGAGAGAAUCAGAGAGAUUAGCGAACAGAAUAGCGACCAGCAUAUUCCGAAGUGACGCUGUUCUUCACGAUCUGAUGCCGAAUGACUUGAGUAUGGGCAUGAAGAACGUGAAUGACAGAGUGGGUAGAAAUAUUCAGAUGUAAAGGUAGAAAGGGUUGCUCCGUUUGUAUUAUUUUGUGUUAUUCAGGAUUUAGAAACCCAAGUUAUUGAAAAAAUAUAACAGUUUAAUAAUAAGGCAGAUUAAGAUAC